CCAACACAGCCGCACCGAACCAAUCCGAGUCCCUUCAGGGCCGCUGCAACCACACCCCUGUUCCUCCUCUCCGGCUACCAUCCCAGUUAUUUUUCGCUCCAUUCUUUAAGAGUGUUACAAACGGGGAGCUAGUUACGGUUAAACCGAAAUGCCCCCAAUUUAUGGCGCGAUAGAAACUACACGCCAAGAUCCUGCGACUCUUGAUAAUGUUACAAAUUCCCGAACUCCUUUGCUUGCAAGUUCCAGUAGGUCGUCACCAGACGAAGAAGUUAUUCAGAAAGGAGUAUUAGAUGGGACCGCCCAGAUGGCGGGCUGUAUUGGAAACCUGAGCAACACUCUCCUUGGAACUGGCCUGCUUGCAUUCCCUAUGGCUAUGGCUUCAGGUGGACUCAUUCCCGGUAUCUUCACAUGCGUAUUCUCCGGCGCCACUGCCGGACUCGGGUUGUGGUUCCUCAGUCGAUGCGCCGCUCAGUGUCCACCACGACGAUCUUCCUUCUUCGCUGUCGCACAGCUUACAUAUCCUUCGUUUUCCGUCCUCAUCGAUGCCGCUAUUGCAAUUAAGUGUUUCGGUGUUUCAAUUAGUUAUUUAAUUAUUAUCAAAGGGUUGAUGCCAUCCGUCGUUCGUUCUCUGCAUUAUGUGUCACACUCUAAAUCGGAGUUGCCUUGGUGGAUCGUCUCCGGACAUUUUUGGAUUACAGUAUUAAUGUCUAUUCUCGUCCCCCUAUGCUUCCUCAAGCGGUUAGAUAGUUUGCGACACACGAGCUAUGUCGCCCUCUUCUCUGUCGUUUAUGUGGUUAUCAUCGUGGUCGCGUGCCACUUUAGACCGCCGGAAGGAAGCGCAGAACCUGGGGAAUGGCACCUCGUUCAUUUUACGCCUUCAUUUAUCUCGAAUUUUCCGGUCCAAGUCUUCGCCUUCACAUGUGCACAGAAUCUGUUUCCUAUAUAUAAUGAACUCGCCUCGAAUACUCAAGAACGGAUGAAUUUCGUCAUCGGUUCUUCCAUUGGGGGUGCAAUGGUCACGUAUGAAGUAAUGCUCUCGACUUCCAAGGUUGCAGCUGAAUUUGGACCAUUUGCGCAGGUCGGACCGGACAUCGUCCACCCUUGCCGGAACUGCCUUGAUAAAGCCCUCGCCCUUCCGGACGAAGAUGACGACGACGUGUCCGUUCAUGGACCAGCUACAAAUAUGUCUGAGCUUAAGCACGUAGUCCUGACUAGCGGAAUCAUCAUCGCUGGUUUCACGAUCGCGUACUUUGUAGAUAACCUUCAAAUGGUGCUGUCUUUCGUUGGAUCUACGGGCUCUACAACCAUAACCCUCAUUCUCCCAGGUCUGUUCUACUAUAAGCUUUUCGGCACUCGACCCGAUCAUCCCCGGAGACUUAAAUGGGCUUCUGUUGGACUCACCAUUUAUGGUUUCGUUAUCUUCGUCUUUUGCCUGACAUAUAACAUAUGGACAGUCUCCCGUAACGAAGAGCCGGGGCCGCAUAUCAAAUCAUUUCUUGUGUAGGGUUAGCUAAAGGGACCACAGAGUUGUACUUACGGUGUAGAAUGGUGUUUUUAUGGUUCUUGCUUGGGGUUGAUUUUGCUCCCCAGCAUCAAUCAAAGCCGCCAAGAAUUUCAUCAACAUGAUAGUUUCAACAUCACCCCAUGACAAAAGCACAAAGUUUAC